AUUUAUUCGUCUGCGUAAUUUUACGAAAGUGAAUGUGGUUUUGGUAUUUAUCUGUAUUUAUGACGCUGCAUGGUCACCUUGAAAUUUGACCCAUCUCGAUAUGGAUACAGGGCGCAUCUUCACUAAUAUGUUGGCAGUAAUAAACUUACAGUGCUGGUGUCAUCUUCUUCGUUAAUGUCACAUCUUCAGAAUAUUUAAUAACAAUUUGAGACUCCAGAAACACGAUGAAAGCUUGCGUCGCCAUCAUCCUCUCGGCCUGCGCCCUGUGCGCCGUGGCUCGACCACAACAGGGGGCAAAACCCCGAAACCCCGAUCAGGACACGGUCAUCACACGGUCGGAAUUUGAAAAGAAUGACGAAACCUUCAACUGGGUGUCGGAGUUGUCCGAUGGUCAGACCCAUUCACAAAGCGGGGCGUUGAAACAGGUCGGAGAUGAGCAGAGGGUCGUAAUUACGGGGUCAUAUUCUUACAUUGCUCCAGAUGGGAGGACCAUUAAGGUCGACUACGUUGCCGACGAGACAGGCUUUCAUCCCGUGGGGGAUCAUAUUCCGCAAGCAAUUCAGGAUAAUACGGCCGUCGGAAGGACUGCGCCAGGUUCCCCCACUAGUGGCAAGUCGAACAGUGCUAACCAGCGUGCUCCAGCAAGACGGGGUUGAUUUAGUUUAAAUGGAAAUACAUAAUUACAUGUUUGUAAUGACAAUGAAAAUACAUAAGGAUUUGCCUGUUUAUACUCGA